AUGGUCAAGUCCUUCUCAAAGUCCAAACGGACUCCGGUUCGAUUGCGGCAUAAAAUUGAAAAGGCCAGUGCCGCGAAGCAGAGGAAACUCAAGAGAGAGUCCAAAAAGAACCCACAGUGGAAAUCCAGGUUGAAGAAAGAUCCGGGAAUUCCUAAUCUCUUCCCGUUCAAAGACAAGUUGCUCCAGGAACUCGAGGAGAAGAAGAGACUGAAAGCCGAGAGUGCGGAGAAAUUACGAGAUGCUGCAAGAGAGAAGAAGAGAAAUGUCAAAGAUGGCACCGGGGAAGAGGCAGAGGUAGAUGACCUGAUGGACGAAGAUGAUGAUCUACUGGAAGAGGAAAUGGACGGGGACGAUGAAGCAGAUGACGACACCGCGAAUCCUAUGGCGGCACUGCUCGCUUCAGCACAGGCUAGGGCAGCUGACUAUGACGGCGGAGCGCUGCAUGGAGAUGUUGAUGUUGAUGCAGACGUUGACGAAAAUGGUGUCCGCGGCGUGCAACUCUCCGAGGCUCUCGCAACAGACCACAGAAAUCCAGACUCAUCACGGCGGGCCUUCGACAAGAUAUUCAAGCAAGUUCUUGAUACAGCCGAUGUGGUGUUAUAUAUCCUGGACGCUCGAGAUCCCGAAGGCACGAGGUCACGAGAGGUCGAGCGACAGAUUAUGGCUGCCGAGGGCGGUUCGAAGCGACUCAUCCUUGUUCUAAACAAGAUCGACCUUGUGCCACCACCAGUCCUGAAAGGCUGGUUAACUCACCUACGACGCUACUUCCCGACUAUCCCCCUCCGCGCAUCUACGCCUGCAUCCAACGCACAAACCUUCGACCACAAACAAUUAACCCUCCAAGCCACAUCCGAAUCUCUUCUCCGAUCCCUCAAGUCUUAUGCCGCUUCAAAACAACUCAAACGCUCCAUCUCGGUUGGUGUCAUUGGCUACCCCAAUGUUGGAAAGUCAUCCGUUAUCAACGCCCUGACCUCUCGUCUAAACAAGGGUAGCCAAAGCUUUGCCUGUCCCGUUGGGUCUGAGGCAGGGGUCACGACAAGUUUAAGAGAAGUCAAGCUUGACAGUAAGCUAAAAAUCCUAGACUCGCCGGGGAUUGUGUUCCCAUCGACCAUCGACGGAGAGGACAGGGAGGGCAGACAACAGAGAAAGGCAGAGCAUGAGGCACGAUUGAUUCUUCUCAAUGCUCUACCGCCCAGUCAGAUUUCCGACCCUAUCCCGGCCAUCAAUUUACUUCUAUCCAGGCUGUCUGUCUCAGAAGCAUUGUUCGACAAGCUGCUCAAGCAUUAUAGCAUUGUUGCAUUGGGGCCAUUUGGCGCCGGAGACACAACCACCGAUUUUCUCAUCCAGGUUGCCCGGAGAAGAGGACGACUAGGGAAAGGUGGGGUCCCAAAUUUGUAUUCAGCCGCGACGACAGUGAUUACUGAUUGGCGAGACGGGAGAAUCCAAGGCUGGUUGGAGCCACCAACUCUCAAGGUGCUGGAUGACGAAGACAUGACCGAGGCUGGUGCUGGAGGCGGCAAGGCUCUGCCAACAGGAGCAGAUAGGAAAGAGAUCGUCAAAGAAUGGGCGGCUGAGUUCAAGCUUGAUGGGCUUUGGGGAGAUGACAAACACGAUAAGACGAAUCCUAACGCUAUGCAGGUAGAGUCAUAA